AUGGAGUGUUAUUCACAACCUGGCCAAGUGUAUUUAUAUGGAGUUUCUGGACUGACGUGAUCGUUUAUAGCUUGCUUGUGGCUUGUGAAUACUUGGACUUGUAAUGAAAGACAUAGUAAGCCUCUCCAAAGGAUGAUGUCAUUCGUCCUUAUUUUCAAAGGGCUGCAUUGUAUUUUUUACUCCCUUAUGAUGGCUUCGUGCCAGGAUGGUUUGGUAUCCCCUUACUGAAGUCUAGCGAUAACAAGUACUUACACUUUAUACAACACCUUUAUAUAUACGACACUCAUCUUAAUAAGCAAAGGAUUUUGUAUUACAAGAGAAUUUCUUGAUCGCGGAGAAGUAACAGUAGUUGCUAUGACGAUGGGAGCUGUUUAUUUAGGAUUUAGUGCCUUUAUGAUAGAAAGGGAUAAACUGAUACCUCUACUCAUCAUAAUGCUGAUUGUUUUGUUUUAUCUGACUGCAAAAUUCACAAAAUCUAUCGUGGUAGCACUCAUUAGGAGAUAUCAGGAUCUGUUAGCAGCUAAUGCAAGGCCGAUGAUUCCAACAGUUUUAAAGAAAAUUUCGAUGAUGAAGACUUUUUUAUUUUUGGUUUAUUUUUAUUUCAUACAACAGCUCAUGAUUAUUUUCUUAUAUUAUAUAGGAAUCGCAAUAAAUUCUGAAAGCUAUUCACUUGUCAUUGACACUGCUGCUGAAGCUGGAGAUAUCUUGGGCAUUGCAGGAAUUUUCUUUGUGUUUAGAUCCAAAGACCAAGGCCGCUAUUUUGACAGCAAUGAGUUGCCAAGCUCUCUGCAGCACCAACCAAUUGCACCAUUUAUGGAAGCAAAGAUAGCUGAUAACGCUAGCAUAAGCGAACUAUCAGCUGAAAACCCAGUUGUCGUUUUAAACCCUCAAGACACAAAGGAUGGUAAUUUUUAUGCAGAAACUCCAUAUCAUUACAUGCUGGUUGCACUUCCUAUAAGACUGGACCCAAUGCAUGAUGCCGCAUUUGUACAUGUUGAUAAUGAUUUAAGGCAGCCUUUACUAUAA